AUGUACGCCUCUCCGUCGUACGAUAUCGAGGCCGGCGGGGUCCACCACGGCCUCGCUGGCGGACCUUACGAGAUGAGCGACAAAGUCGCGCGAGAGAUCCGCUUCGCCUUCAUUCGAAAGGUCUACGGAAUCAUCUGCUCUCAGAUCGCCUUGACCUUCGCCGUCUCGCUCCUCUUUACUGUCCACGAUGCGACGCGCCACUGGGUGCAGGUGAACGGUGACAUUCUUUUGAUUUCCGCGGGCGUCUCGGCCGUCGUCUCGCUGCUGGUGAUGACCUGCAACCCCGGCCUCACGCGCCGGUAUCCACACAACUACCUUCUUCUCUUUUUCUUCACCUUCUGCGAGGCCGUCACGGUCGGGGCGGUGUGCUCGGUCUAUGACCCACUGCUCGUUCUCCAGGCGCUCUUCGCGACCACGAUCGUCGUUGCAGGCCUCACUCUCUUCGCCUUCCAGACAGACUAUGACUUUACGUCAUGGCUGAGCGCAGUCUCCUUCUUUUUCUGGGGCGUCUUCGCAGUCGGUCUUCUGAGAGUGAUUUUCUGGCGGGCGAUGUGGAUCCAGAUUUUUGCGUGCGUUCUCUUCGCGGGCAUGUACGGCGUGUACGUUCUCAUUGACACGCACCUCCUAAUCAAACGUGGGCGCAUAUCUCUCGACGAGGACGACUACAUUCUUGCGGCGGUCUGCCUCUACACGGACAUCGUCGGACUUUUCCUUGAGCUUUUGCGUCUGCUGGCUAUCCUCGGCGGCUCAGAGCAACGCGGCUGA